AUGGAUCGCCCGGUGUUAUUGCUUCUCUGGCUGUCCCUGUCAUAUGUUUCCUGGGCUCAACCAAGCCUCAGCAUUGUCACCUCCGUGGUGUAUGUUACAAGCACGAUCUGUCCAGUCCCUCCCAGCUGUCUAAGGUCUACCUCAUCCGUAUCGAGCACCUCGCUCCCGCCCUCUACCACGACCAAUUCUCCCAUCGAGACUACGACAUCCACAACCAGUGGUGCGGUCGCUUCUCCGACCGAUGACCCGUUCACAAUCCGUGUCUUGACUCAAGACGGAGGUUUACAAAAGCGAACAUACCAUUACGUUGCGUUCGACGACAGCGUUGCCGUCACUGUGGAUGACCUGCAAGAUGCUGCUCUGUUCUACCUCACGAACGGAUAUCUGAUCAGUGACGGCAUGUUUAUAGGCGUGACCAAUGCCACUGGAUUCCAGCUCCUACAGAAAUACGGCCAACCCGUCAACGUGAGUCAGGGCUGGACCAUGGGUCCAGAUCGUGGCGUCUCGUUCCACGGUGCGCUAUUCACCACGGAAGAUGGCACAGCUGAUUUCUGUGCCCUUCCUGACGGGACUCUGGUGAUGGAAAUCACAGACUCGCCUGACAUUUACUCAGAUGCAGAACUGGCGGCGCUUCCCAAUGCAGUCUACGACGAGCGCCGAAAGUUCGGGUCCGUUGGCCUCGACGACCAGCCAGGAUAUUGGAACAACGGCAACAACGACAACGACCGAUAA